UUAUGUAGAUAUAGGAAAUGAAUGGUAAUCUAACCUAACACAAAAAAACUGUUUACUUAGUAUGAUAUUUUGUGUUAUAAAACAGUCAAAAAUCAUUUUCAUAGUUAUUUCACAAAAAAUCAUAUUCAGUUCUAAUUGAUAAGCAGUGAGGAAAAUGUAUUUUUCCGUUAUUGAAUUCUUGAUGAAAAUUCACAAGUUAAGGUAAUGUGUAGCUUACCUGAGACAAUGUGGUUUUUAUAUGCUGUCUGUUGUUAUUGUCAUCAUAACUUUCGUGUCUUGACCUUGUACAUUUGUUUUAAUUUUUUAUGUUGCCAAUUUUCCAGGAAAGAUCAUUUUAGUUCAUCGAAAAAACAUUCCAAUUCCGCUCUAUUUCACAAAACCUGCAGUUUUUUUGGUAUUCAUUAGACAUUGUAUUUUCGCCGCAUUUCAUAACAAUGUAAAAUGUGCUAGACAUAUUGUUUUGUAAUGUUUUGCAAUUUGGAAUUAUUAAUAAGGAAUAUUUCUUUCACAAUUUCACAGUUCAAAUGUAGUUUUCGUACAUCAGCUCCCUUUUUGGGAACAUAACAAUUGUUGACAUAUUGUAAGCAAUAAAAGCCAGAAUAUAUAGUGAUAUACCUACAUUGUAAAAUAUAGCUUUAAAAACUAUUUAGAAAACUAAAACAAGUAGUAAACUUUGUCCGUUUCUGAAUCUUUAAUUACACAAUUUUACAAAUCGUAUAUUGGAUUUGAAUCUAUAGAAAACAUUUAAUAUUUUAAUAAUUCACAACAGCGAUUGUACGAAUAACUGCAUUUCCGAACUAUAUUCAUUGCAAUUUUUUUUGAGUGACACAUAUUAACCUUUGCAUAUGGAAUUUAAUUCUUUAAUUCUUUUCAAAAGCAUAAAUAAAAUCAUAAAAUAAUCACACUUUUGACAAAAUGUAAAGUGGAGCAGUUGGCGCUUUCGAUAGCGUAGAAUGAUUUAAAUACGGUAACCCCAGAUGUGUCCAUAUCGAUAUAUAUCGCGGUAACAUGAUUGUAACCUUAAACAACCUACUUUACUCUACUUGUGCAUUCUCUCCAUCCGUACACAAGGUGGUGUAUUCAUUUGGUCAGAUAGAGAGCUCCAAGAGUAAUCCUAAUUUGAAUGUUUGCGGUUUGGAUAUAUCUGGUAGAUCUCUAUCUCCUACUUUGCAGCUAGCAUGUAGAUUAUGGAAAUAUCCUGGAUCAGUUCUGAAGGUAGGAUACAAAUACACACCUUAGGAGGUAAUAUGGGUACCUUACACAAAAGAAGAGAUAAGUAUGUGAAUGUAAAGCAUUAGCGCCGUAAUUUGACAGUUCUGUUUGUAUGCUACCAAGGGGAUUGAAGAUGCUAAGGAUUGUACACUUUAUGUCAGGAGGUGUUGAGUCACGUUAUGUCCGCCGUCACGUUUUGUCCGCCGUCUCGAUAUGUCCGCCACUUUUUUUGAAAAAAAAUCGUCACGUUAUGUCCGCCAUCACGAAAUGUCCGCCACUUUUUUUUUAACAUCGUCACAUUAUGUCCGCCACCUUAUAAAUUUCAUUAUUUUUACUUUUAAUCGCCAUUUAAAGCUCGAUGUUACUAAAUAUUUGUCUAUCUUAAACAAAAUGACUCAUUAUGUCCAUUCCAAAAUUGAAAUGAUUAUUAUGUACGAAAUACAAUCAUUACGACUGAAUAGGGGACAUGUAGAGUUAGAUAUAUACUUUAAGAAAAUAAUCUGACCUAGAGAUUGAUAUCAUCAUAAAAAUAUAAAAAAUUCCUCAGAAUAUCACGAGUUGUUGUUAUUUUAUACCGUACGCGUAACACAAAUUUAAGCAUAUAUUAAGAAUGUUUUUCUGUACGCGUAGUUUUAUGAUUAUGCAUUGGUUUGUAAUGGUAGGUUAACUCAAUAGAAUGACCAUGGUAUGAAUGCACUCAUCAAUUCCAAAAAUUUCAAUGAUGUUAGACAAAUAUUUUGCUGCUAAUUUUUGUAAUUAGUAGUUUUUAAUCGACCUUGCACAUCCUUUUCCAUAGCUGUCAUAUGCACACGAGUGUUAUUUUGAAAACACUCAUAUAGGUUUUGGAUUAAUGAGAUUUUAAAGCGGAAUUCAAGUACAAGUAUUUGGAUUCAGGUAUUUAUAUUGAUAAGUGGAACUAAAAACGUUUUAUAUAAUAUACUUACAGUAGAGGCCUUAUUAGGCGCCUUUUAAUUUUAAAAAAAUCUAUCCCAUAAUGCCCCGCGCUUGCGAAUGCGCAGUUUAACGUAGGGCAAGGUUGAAUGAAUCUAAACAAUAACAGUUACCUGUAGAACCGCCUAAUGCGAGGUGACGCAAAUGACACUUUGUUUUGAAUGUGUGAAUGGUUUUUAUGUUGAUUUCUCUACGCAAUGCCGGCCCAUUGCUGUCCAUAUGGUUGUAAAAGCAGACAAACAGCAGGUGAAAACAUCAAGUUUUUCCGCAUACCUAAGGAUGAACACCUGAGGGCUAAAUGGAUAUCGGCCAUUAAACGUGAUGAUUAGGAGCCUAGCGAUCAUACCAGGAUUUGCUCUAAACAUUUUAUUAAUGGACAGCCUUGCAGAAAUCCAACAAAUCCUGAUUAUGUGCCAUCUGUAUUCUGCCAUCGGCCCAUCAAAGAUGGUGUACUCCAGGAAAAAGUUCAGCGCCAUAAACGCCUUGUUGAAAGAAAGGAAAACAUCGCCAGGAGCGAGUCAGCAAAGGCCCUUCUUACUCUCAGUAUGGACAAACCAGAAAAGUGUGCCGGGACUGCGACACAGACACCUGUCGUUCAUCAUUGUGAUUCGGAAGUGCAAAGUGAUAUCACGCUCCCUGUGAUGACUAGUCUCAUCGUCACCAACCAGGUCUUGAAAAAACAUCUGUGAUUCCAAUGCAGUGACCAUCAAAGAACAGCAGCUUGGUCAACAAAGAGCCCAUGAAGUUUGUCGCAAGCAAGAAGAUGAGUUGAAAUCAUUGGAAUCCAGACUUCAAAAGAAGGAGGAAGAAAACACACAGCUAUUGGAAGAGCUCAAGAAAAAGACACUUAGUGUCAAGACUAUUGAGGGGAUGAUAAGAAAACUAAAUUCUACAUAGGAUUUCCAAAUUUCAAAACUUUCCAUGCAGUGUUCCUAGAAACAUCUUCAAAAGUGAAAAGAAAGAAAACAAAGCUGUCGAAAUAGGAUGAAUUAUUGCUGACUCUCGUGAAAUUAAGACGAAAUCUUGCUAUGACAGACCUUGCCUAUCGAUUCGACAUUAGUCAAUCCUCAGUUACCAAUAUAUUCCAUGCGUGGCUGGAUGCUCUAUAUGCUACUUUAGGAGGACUUGUGCAUUGGCCAGAGACUGAUGUGUGUCAAUUACCGGAAGUGUUCCAGAAUGAAGUUUUCCGAAAAGUGAAUUGCUUCAUUGACUGUACCGAGAUUUUCAUUGAGAGGCCAUCCAAUUUGAAAGCGAGAGCACAAACCUACUCAAACUACAAGCGCCAUAACACCAUCAAGAUUCUUGUCGGAGCGAGUCCUUCAGGAUGUAUAACUUUCCUGUCUUCAUGUUGGGGAGGUCGUGUCAGUGAUAGACAGAUUACUACUGAAUCAGGAAUUCUUGACAAACUCCUUCCAGGAGAUGUGGUACUUGCUGACCGGAGGUUCAACAUGACAGAAGACUUUGCCCUAAAAGGAGCUCAGCUGAUUGUUCCAGCCUACACAAAGGGGAAAAGUCAGUUACCAAAAGAAGAUGUUGAGACAUCUCGAAUGAUGUCUCGUGCUCGGAUUCACAUCGAACGAGUUAUUGGGAGACUGAAGGACUUUGAGAUUAUCAAGGGCCCAUUACCCAUAAACUUUGUGAAGAGAAAAUCAGACGGUCAAGUGACUUGUGGGGACAAGAUAGUGCGAGUUGUUGCAGCAAUUGUGAAUACUAACGAUGUCAUUUUGUGAGAUCUGAGUGAAACUGGUUCUGAUCAAUGAACAUGCUAUUCCUUGUGUCACUGUGAACAAGUACAAUUGUUUCAAUGAAUUAAAUAUAGACUAAUCAUUAAAUUUUUGAUGGUUUCCCUGUUAUCAAGUAAUGUCUAGUUGAUUGAUUUUUUAUCCACUGUUUUCAUGUUGCUUGUCAUUAAAUAUUGAAUCCACUGAUUGAAAAUAAUCAGUAAAUCAUUGAUUGUA